AUGAAGGAGAAAGGUCUUGCAGUCCGCGAGAAGUGCAAUGCGAUUCAAGAGCAGGUUACUGCGAAAGAGAGAAGACUCCGCAAGGACGAGUCAAAGUACCGAAAGCUAAAGAAGGAGUACGACGGGAUGGCAAGUGCAGAAGUUGAUCUAUCCAACAGCUUGAAGGACUGCGAAGAAAUGCUGAGGAUGAAAACGCAAAGAGACAUACUGGGAAGCAAAACUCACCGUCGAAAGAAGAGCAAGAAUGCUGAUCGAAACGAAGCAAUCGAUGAGCAAAAGGAGGAGCACAUCGAGGAUGAAGACAGUAACGAGGAGGAAUUGGUUUGGUUGAUGUACUCCUCCUUACAUGUGCAGCCGACAUUACCCAUCAGGAUUCCACAUCGACCGGGUGCUGCUGCUUCUUCGCUUACUACGUCGCUAUUAUUUGCAAUUGUCUCAGUCCCUCCAAAAGUCAAAUCUUGCAUGGCAUUACCGUCUACCCAUUCUCCAUCGCCACCGUCGGAUUGCUCAGAAGAAGCCCAAGUUCAGUCAUCUUGA